AUGAAAUAUAAGAAUAGGAAGCAAUUUUUGGAUUGCAUUAAAAAAGACCUUCAAGAAGUGGAAGAUUCUAAUUUAUUUGAUACAGAAUGGACCGCACUGGUAAAAAACUUGAAACAAGAUUGUGAACACGCCAAGAUUGGGUAUCUGCAGGUAAAGCAAAUAAAUCAACUUGCAACUGGGAGUGGUGCUACAUACAAUGACAAUCACAUAACAUUAGAAAAACGUUGUCGAGAUGUGAAUGAUAAAGAGGCUAAUACAAAAAAGCGGAAUUUAAUAAAUGUUGAUAGUUCUGAUGAUAAAACAACACCUCGAAAAUGUUCAAAUAAUGAAGAAAAUAAUAUUUCCAGUAAUGAUGAUCUCAAUGAAACAAUAGAAUUUGAAUAUGAUGAACUAAGAGAAUUAGAACAGCAAAUAAUAUCCAGUUCAUUAAGCGAGAUAUACAACAAUCCGUUUAUUAAAGUUAUUUUUGGUGGAGAAUACACACCUUACAGCCUAGAAAUAAAUAAAAACGUAGGUGGAAAACAAAGACCAGAUUUUAGCUGUGUAGUUGAUAAUAUUGCGAUAUUAAAUUCUGAGAUCAAGCCUUUGGGGUAUACUUAG